AUAUGAUUCAUAUCGGUCGCGGAUUGUACACAGCAUUUGUUAGCAUUUUGUAAUUUUUACAAUAUUUGGUAUCAUUUUGCCGCUUUCGAAAUAGUAAGGUAAAGAUAAACGUGUGGUUUAUCAAUACAGUUUUAGCGCAUCAACAAAACUUGCGGUGCAGAGAACUGUUUGGAACAAUUCACAGGCGCGUGCUGUUUGCUGAUUGAAAAGUAUUGAUCGCCCUUCGCGAGAAUGAGUGCUAACGAUGAUCAACAAGAACAACAACAGCGACCCGAUUCUCCCACGGUCGAUGAAGAACGCCCACCGGGGGCGGGAGUGGUGGCCGAACAUGAGAUCGUAAAGAUGGAGGACGUAAUAACAAUCGAUCCUGAAACGACCGAGGUCGAUUUGAAUCAUGGACGCAUUGGGAAGAUUGAAAACCUCGAACCGCUAACAAAACUUGAACGACUAUACCUGCGAUGGAAUUUGAUAAAAAAAAUCGAAAACCUGGACCAUCUUACUUCACUGAUCGAGCUCGAGCUGUACGACAAUCAGAUUACGGAGUUGGAAAACUUAGACCAACUUGUCAACCUGGAAAUGCUCGACGUCAGCUUCAAUCGAUUGCAUCAGAUCAAGAACCUUUCCACGCUGACCAAUCUGCGAAAGCUGUUCCUGUGUGCUAAUCGUAUAUCGUUGAUCGAAAAUCUGGACCAUUUCAGCAGUCUGACCAUGCUGGAGCUGGGAGAUAAUAAGAUCCGGAAAAUUGAAAACCUCGACAAUCUAACCAACAUGACCCAUCUCUAUCUGGGCAAGAACAAGAUAACGAAAAUCGAAAAUCUCGACAAGCUGGUCAAGCUGGAAUGUUUAAGCCUGCAGUGCAACCGGUUAACAAAGAUCGAAAACCUCGACCAGUUAGUCAAUCUGACGGAGCUGUAUCUGUCCGAGAAUGGUAUUGAGACGAUUGAAAAUUUGGACCAAAACAAACAGCUCGAAACGCUCGACCUGGCAAAGAACCGGGUGAAGCGCAUCGAUAACUUGGAACAUUUGCAACAGCUCGAAGAAUUUUGGAUGAACGAUAAUGGCGUAUCGGAAUGGAGUUGCGUGGAUAAGCUUGCCAGCAAUAAGCGUCUUGCGACGGUCUAUCUGGAGCGCAAUCCGGUCGCAAACGAUGUUAACUAUCGACGAAAGCUCAAGCUUGCCGUGCCUUGGUUGCAAAAGAUUGAUGCGACACUCUGCCGUUAGCAGUAUAAUGCAAAUGUACUUUUUUAUGUGUCUUGAGGGCAGGAAUUAAAUAAAACUAGGUCCCAAUAAUUGUAUUACAAACACUCAGUAAACCAGCAGGGUGGUUUGGUAA